UUAAAUAAGAAACUCAGUUUUUAUAAGAGUUUGCUCGAGGCUAAUGAAUAGUGUUAGAAGCUGCAUUUCUAGUAGAUUUCAAAAACAUUUGCAUUGUUUCAUUUUUUAGAUUACCUACAAAUUACAUAUCUAAUAAUAACUAUUCUGCAGUUUGUGCUGUUUAUUAGAUUAUGCUUUUUUCUAGUAACUGCUACAUACCUUUGAACUUGGAUAAUACAACUGACAUUAUUCAAACAAAAAACAAAAAAUAAUAAUAUAGUAAGCUAUGCUGUCGUUGGAGUUGACAGACUUCUUAGAAAGAUGAACUAUAGCAAAUGCAAGUACAGAGACGUUCGAAGGCAUCGACGAGGAGGGACUUUGAUGGUAGUUUAGAGCCGAAUUUAGAUUUGGUGUCUAGUAAAAUAAUGGAGACUAGAUACUAUGAAGGUUGCGGGCGGGAAGGCCCAAUUCGAUGUAUAUUCCUAGGGGAAUUCCACCCUGUCGCAGGCCCAAAGAUUUCAUGCCAGUUCCCGGAAGACUAUAUUUCAAAAGAAGUUUUCGAUUCAAUAAGUGCAUACAUCAUUCCUAAACCACAAAUACAAAAAUGCACUAUGACCAUAAAUGCACUAGGGCACAAAAUUGUUGGGUAUCCAAUUCGCAUAGACAACCCCAGAUAUGAACGUAAUGUGUACCUCUUCAAUAUCUGCUUUGUAUGUGAUAGUUGGUCCAAGACAGUGCAGUAUGAGCCUGUUGUCAAAAAACUUGGUGAGCAUUUGACAAUAAUGGAAGAAGAGACCGGGUUCGUAUCUAGCGGGUCGUCCAAACUGCCCACUUUGCUGGCGCAUCUUCUACACGAUCUGAACACUCACAGGAAGGCAACCUUAGUUGAAGGAGACACAGUCAUGCACCUCAAGGUCUUGGAGGUCCGCAAAGAUCCACCUCCAGUUCACGACUACGACGUGCCCGUUUUGGUGGCGUCGGUGGGCCUACCCCGUCCUGGACGACCUCGCAGGCCUAUCCCACCCGAGGGUACCGAGACACAGAGCCAGGAGCAUUUGGAUGUAGAAGAUGACGAGCCUUUUGAAGUAGACAUGGCUGCUGAAUGGGACCUGACUACCAGACAGAUUCUACCGUACAUCAAUAGCUACAACCACGUGUCCAAGAUAGCGGCCGACACGAACGUCGAGAAGACCCUGGUUAAAUCCUGCAUUCAGAACUUGGUCUACUAUGGAGUGAUCACUUUGAUUCCGGUCUUGAAGUUCAAUAACAUGUACAGAGCGACACCAAACUUGAGCCGACUAUUCAAUGAACCAGAGCUACAGAAGUCCUGCAUGACAUUCAUCAUCAAGGGCUCCGAACUGAAAGAGAAGAACGAGUCGGAUCCAUCGUAAAGCAGGGCAAGACCAUAAGAAGAAUACAAAAAAAAAGGUUUCAAAAAACCUUCCCGGAGAUACCAGGGUUUUAUUUGAUAGUGUAGUCGUGUAGGUCAAUAUUUCAUGCCGCUCAAUGAAGUAAAAACAGCGACUCAAAAGUCGGAGAAGAUUGUAGAAACAGAAUUGAUGUUGACAAUCGACAGGAGAGAUUGAUGGUGUAGUUGUAGAAUAGAUUCGAUGUUGUCUCUUGAAAAUAUCGACCGGUUUCACGGUGAAUGUUGUAAAUCGCAUUGUAUAAUCGAGUAUAAAUUUAAAAAAAUCGUUAAAUAUAACUUAAUACUAGGCUAGAUAAAUUUUAUGACCAUUAUGAUCUUCUUUGAAAUGUCAAUCAAUAGCUAUAUGAAUUGUGAAUUUACGAUAUUCGCCGGUGAGAAAGCUCGGUAUUCUGUGUCGUAGAUAGAAUUGGUGUUCAUAGAUGUCGCUAAAUAACUCUGGUCCGUUUAAAACGGACAAUCUAAUUGUCAAUGUAAUCUGUGUCAUAAGGCACAACUUACACAUCUUGGAUCUACUCCAAGCUAACUAUCUACAUAGCUGUCACAUGGUUCUCCGGCCUCCUAGGCGAAAGCUCCAGUUGUCCCCGACACUACUGUAGCUUGUGAAUGCGGGAACGCCAUUACUUCUCAAGUUACUUUAGCGUUUCAACUAUUUGAUUCUUCUUCGUCUAACCUCUGGCAUCUCGCUAUGAAGGGACAGCUGCUAUUUCGGUGCAUCCUACGAAGUGGCAGUUCCUCAGGGCCAAAAAUCUCGACACGAUAUGACGUUGUCAGCAUUCCAUGUGUAAUUAUCGAUAUCGAUCGAGUGGUAUAGUCUAGCUAAGGAAGUCAAUUUCAGCUCGCAGGAGCAUUUUUUAGGUCAAUGCAGUGAAAUUGUGUCACAAGUUCAUUGUGUGAACAAUUUUUAUUUUCAAUGAAAAAAUGUUAUCUUUAAACUACGAAGCCCUUAUUUAAUAGGAAAGGUACAAGUGUGUUUCGGGUACUUUCAUAGUCACUUGAAUGUUCUCCAAUGUGGAACCAGAUUUGUCUGUGUAGAAAAGUUUAGAAAACAGCUCUUUUCUUUUUUUUUUCUUUGCCGUUAAAGUAGAAGUUCUGCAAUUUUCCGUUUUCAUUCACAUUUUUUCUUUUUUUUUAACUGCAAUGCGUAAUAAUAUGCAAACGUUUAAAUAUUACUUCAAUAAAUGAUAAUUGAUGUGUAAAUGUGUAUGUGUGCAUGUCAUACUGGUGGAGGCGUCAAGAAACCGUUACAAAGAUAUUUUCAUAUAUCGGUAUCGAUCGAAGUACUCAAAAACAAUACGCUUCACGAAUUAUAUUUUUAAAAAGUGUUAUGGAAUUAAAAUUCCGUUAUAUCCUUUACCAAAAUAUAAUUAAUAUAUCAUGAAAAUAGUUCGUAAGUGCUGCGCGUAUUUAAUCAUAGUUUUAAGUGUAAUCACUAUAUAUGCAAAAAAUUAUAAAUGGGAUUUGAUAAAACGUAAAAAGAUUACGUUCUGAAAUAUUCAUUGAAUUGUGUAUACACAUCAACAUUGUCUACUGAUAUUUAAUCCACUAAUGAUUUUUAAGAAAAGAAAAGUUCGCUAAGUUUUUUUACAAAAUUAGCUAUAGGAUGAAUUCCAAUUAAAUUAUUAUUAAAAUCAUUAGAUGCAACUAAUAUCGCAAAAUUCAAAUUUAUUUCCUACUACAUAUUUAAGUAUCUUCCAAAAAAAUCUAAUCGUAUAAUCUAUUCUGUACUUUAAACAAACAUAAAAUUGGAUUAAUUUAAUUGAGUAAUAAAAGUAGAGGUAGCCAAAUUAAGGACUUAAAUGGCAAGUCUUAAACAAAUUCUGAAACCGUAAUACUUAUUUAUAGUUAAAAAAACGAUCACAAUAUAGUAAAAAUAAUAAUGAAGAAGACAAAUUUGUUUCAAGCGAACUUUUCGAACCAAUGAAAUCACAAUGUUGAUAUGUGUUGUUUAUAAGAAUCUAAAUAUACACAUAAUAAUAUUUAUAUCACGACUCGGUCGAGAAAAAGGAAAGAACAGCACUCUGUGACAUUAAACACACAUGUAUAUGCAAGAACACCAUUACUUAAAAAUUCACUGGCCUACUCACAAAAUAAACAUAAUAUUAUACUUGUCCCUGUCAUACUAAUAUCUGAUUAUAUUAUUUCUAUGCCAUAGAAAACAUUAAAACAAACAUGUAAUACUUUUGAAAAACAUAGUCCUAGACCGGAUACAUGUUGGCCAACCAUGUGAUAUAGAUUAAAUUAUAUUUGGAACAAUAAGUAAGGGAAGCAAAUUUAACAAGGUGUUCUUAUAAUUACUUAUUUUAUGAAUUCACUCACCAGCACACUACUACUAAAGGAUACACGCGAAAACGUACUUUGAAGUUAGAUGCUACUUUGACUUCCCAAAGUCUUUAGCCAUCCAAUACUGAGUCUUAACACUCUGCGAAACUUUAUCACUUUCUUAAUUUUUAAGCUAUGAGUUACCAGUUUUCCCUGGACUCUGGGCCUUUUCAACUUAUUUAAAUUGACAUGAACCCGAUAUAUUUGUCAAUUGAUUUACAGUGACACCUCGCAAUACAUAAUUGUACAUGAAAUACUACAUUUACACUCUUUCCCAUAACACACGAUAGAUGUGCUUACGAUUCCGUCAUCAAAAUAUAAAUAUGAUUUAAUAAAAAUGUGUAUAGAUAGAUUUUAAGUUUUAAAAUGAAAAUAGUUUUCAAUUGCUCUGCGUUUACUUUCCGUAGUUACAAGUCAUACCAGUUGUAUGCAAGGAGGAAUGAGAGACUUGGCUAGAGUGAGCGCUGCGGAAUGAACAGAUCCCAAUUUUUCUUUUAUACCCUAAUCCGGCUGGUAUGACUACUUUACCAAUAAAAUCCUUAACGUAAUGAUUCAGUAUGGGUUGAGGCCAUAUGGUAAGUAUGUAGGAUGCCUAAUGUCCGAUCGGCAAUAAGUGGAUUACGGAUUCUUAUUAAUGAAGAACAAGAAUCAAUAAUCACCUUAUUGCUGAAAUCCGGAUGUAAGCUAUCCUCAAUUCGACACAGAUUACAGUAGGACAACAACAAGAAUUUCACCAAAUACGAGGAAGACAGCACGGACUACUAUCAAACAAUGGUUACAAAGCCCCUGAGAAAAAACAAAGAAAAAUGGGUGGCACUUUAACCUUGUCGAAAACUGAACUGGUUUGUCUAGUGGAUCCGACACGACUCUUCGUAAUAGUAGACAACACUGUCAUCGCCACGGUAUUGUAUAAAGUCAGAAGGUUUUGUGUCAAUUUUUAUUACCUAAUUAUUCAGUAUAACAAUCGACAAAGGUAACCAAAUUCAAUUUAGUCCAAUAACAGAAGAUAUUAAAUAUAUAUAGUAUAUUGAAUGAUAAAUGGAUUAUUUAAUCUCAAUGUAAUAACUUUCUUUUUAUUGACUCUUUUAACUCGUACAUACAUGGCUUUAAUCUAUUUUAUGUACUUCAACAUAUUAACAACCGCAUAUUUUUGCAGGCAAUCAAACAGCACCCCACAUCAUUAAAUAGCAUCGUAUCCAUAACUGUUAAUCAUCAUAAGUCAAUUAGAAGAGCCAUCCGUUGAAGACAAUAAACCCGCCAUGCUACUGCUGAACUGCAGUGCUCAAUGCCAAUAACAAAUAUACCCCAGAGUACAAAAUAUCACUUCGGCAAAACACUUCAGAGCACUGCGCAGUGUCUGUUUUAAAGCGAAAAGCAAAUCAACAUAUCUACUACACUCACGAUGACAAACUAACCAGAGCCCAACCAGGAUGUCUGUUAUGAAAAAGGGAAUCUUUUAUAAACAAACAAUGGAUGGGUUACCGAACAAAACGAGGUAUCAAAAUAAUCGUCGUGAUUGUUUUAAUGUAUUAAAGAGUAGUCCCGCUGCUCCCGCCAAUUUUAAUGCGGAUUUCAAUUAGGGUACAAUCUGGUCAUCUUGUUCCUUCAUGCACAAUGAUAAAACUCAAAUUUAUUUUAUUUUAAUAUUAAUCUUUAAAAAAAUUAUUUAUAGUAAGAAGUCGUUAUAAGUCGGAUAGUAAGAAUUCAGAAAUAUCUUCCUGUGAGAUCAUUUGGAAGUUGAAUGACACUUGGUACAAUUACCCGUGUCCUUAUUAAAUAUUGCUCAGUUUAUUUGAUUGGUUACAUUAUAAAUGGCUUUUUUAAUCAAGACUUUGUCUUUGAACGUUUGAAGUGAUUGAGUUUUCAAUGCUUAAAUUGUCUCGACUGUUCAACAAUCAUACAUGUUGCUUCAACCCUCCAUUUCGAAAUAUGAAUUUUCACCGUCACAGAAUUUAAAUCUGACAUAUACAUACGAGUAUAUACCAUGAUAUACGUAUAUCUGUAGAUUUCUCACAUUACAUAUUCUUUAGUUGCGCAAAUGUAUAUGUAAUAUGUAUACUUGUUUCAUCUUUGUUUACUUAUUUUUUUGUAUUCUUGAAAUGCUUUACUGGAAUUGGUUGGUACGAUUUUGUUUAAAGUCAAGGCGUUUUUUUUUUAUUGUUAAUAAAAUACGCAUUAGUGUCGGUUUAAAUUAAUGUACAAUAGGACUAAACAUACAUUCAAGAGUUUUAGCACUGCCUGUGACUGUUUAGUUUCAUGGUUGAGCGUAUUUAUAGGUACUUAUUAGAUAAAAAUCAGGAAAAAGUAAUACAACCUAGAAUGUUGCUGAUUUUAAAUAUGUUGCGCCGCCUCUGAACGAUAUAACGAAUAGAGUCCGAUAUGCAGUUACAUGUUAAAAAACACAGAGUAGCGACAAUACAGGAGUUGACAAACACUACAGCGCUAAACGAUACUCAUACAUGAAUAUCCCGACAUUGGACUUCAACUUUUUUCUUUUCUUUUUCUUGUGCGAAACACAUUACUGCUUCACGGCAGAUAUAGGCAGGGUUGUAGUACCUACCCUUGUGGACUCGCAAGACGUCCUACCACCAGUAAUAAUUUAAAUAGCUUAUGAUUACAUGAACACAUAAAACAGAUACACACAUAUAGCUAAAAUAAAAACCAUAUACUGUAGUUGUUACGGCAUAUUAAUGAAGGUGCAAAGUGACUAGAUUUUCAGGUAUAUUGUUGAAAGAUCCCCGGGUAAACAUAUCACAGGAACAGUCCAGUCACCUGGUCCCUCUGUUUUCUGGGGAGAAGAAUACAGACACGACACACUUGCCUAUUGUAUGAGCGACUAAAAACGAUCUUGAUCAUGCGAGUGUCCAAGUGUGUGACUAAGUUGCUAGUCGUUGUCGAAAAGCUUACUUGUUCUGCAUAUAACCCCAAACCACACUUGUUUUCCUAUAUUAGUCGUAGUCCUGAUUUGAUCCAUGUGCCCUGCAGAUUGUUCAUCUAUUGACACUGUUUUUUUAAAGAUAUGGAAACCUAUCUUUUUUGUUUUUGUUGCGCGAUUUUUUUUAGUUGUAGUUUAUUUCUAAGCUUUUUAUACUCCUAUUUUACAGAAAUAUUAAAUAUAUUUUUUUUACAAUAAAAUUUCAUUUCUUCCUCGAAA